AUGUCUCACCAGAUACGUCUCACCUUUGAGGAUGGACCGUCUUUCAUAGCCAACAAAUCGGCAAUACCCCACCUCGGUCGUUUCGCAAGCCUGCCAUCGCAGUCUCGAGAGAUUUAUAUUCGCCACAACUCCCUUUACAAGAAUAGGCUUGGAGACAAACGCCGUUGUCAAACUACCCUAGAUAAAGUGCCACUUUGGGCUAAAGAUGGCGAUGAAUUCGAGCCUCUUUACGCGAAAGCUAGAGGCGGCAAGCCGGACGGGCAGUUCUAUCUUCGCUUAUUUCCGAACAUUGAUAGAAUUCAAACUAAUAAGGCUGAGGAGGCUAUGGAUAUGAUCAAAAGGGUCAUUCGUGACGCUGAAUUCCAUUCUGACCAUCUGCACCAUAUGGGAGGGAAGAUCGUACCUAAACACUACGGUCUGUGGUGGAUGGACACAGGACACUGGGCAGGGAGAGUCCUGUUCAGUAUCGUUCAAUGGUGUGGCAUUUCGUUUUCUGAAAUUCUCCUCCGUGGGCACGCUACCACAUUGAAUCGGAUUGCUGUUGGUCGUAUCUAUGAACUCCUUCAUGACCAAGGCAUUAUUCAUAGCGGAUGGAUGCAUCCAUUUGAUCAAGUCUUGUUCGAUGGAACUUCGAUUUCGGCUUUGCGUAGUGCUAGCGUUCGAUGCUACAUCGUCAACUUUUCUCAGGCAACAGCUGGUCAUUCUUGUGGUCGACGGUUGCCCAUCCUUCCACUGGGGCCAUCAUCGAUUUCUCAGGAAGAUAUCGGGUGUGAGGAGAUCGUGGGUAUGCUAUGCAUGCUGGACUUUCAAGGCGGACGAAAUGAUUGCGUGCCCGAAACAACGCCAGAAUCGGCAGUUGAAUGGCACAGGAAAUAUAUGGAACAGCACCCUGACACCAACAAUGCACUCGCCCUCAUUGCACAACGGGAGAAGUUCUAUCCAACUUGGCCAAAACUCUACUUUUCAGGCUACACUCUUCUGGAUCCGGGCAGUGAAUAUCCACAAGUCUCAUUCAUCGAGGAUGCACAACUUAAAUCAUGA